UUGACUGAAUAGGCCCACUACCGUCCUUCCGGAUAACGGGAUUUUAGAACUGUAUCGUCUCGUCAACGGUCGAAUUGACGCUGAGAGGAGAGAUGAGAGAGAAAAGGGGCAGAAGAAGAGAUCCAAAUCAGAAAACCCUAGAUCCCGUCGGUGAGGAUGAUGAGUCGCGUGUAGUCACCGGAAAAGAUGGAAAAGGGUUCUUCGCCUGCUACAUCUUGACCUCCCUUAGCCCUCGUCACAAGGGUCACACCUAUAUCGGGUUCACGGUUAACCCAAAGCGGAGAAUAAGGCAGCACAAUGGAGAGAUAAGGAGUGGUGCAUAUAGAACAAAGAAGAAACGUCCUUGGGAAAUGGUCCUCUGUAUCUUUGGUUUCCCUACCAACGUCUCUGCCCUUCAGUUUGAGUGGGCUUGGCAGCAUCCCAGAGAAUCUCGUGCGGUGAGAGAAGCUGCUGCUGCUUUUAAGUCCUUCUCUGGACUUGCACGCAAGAUCAAGCUUGCUUACACAAUGCUAACUCUUCCAGCUUGGAAUAGCUUGAACCUGACAGUCAACUAUUUCUCAUCAAAGUAUGCACAUCACGGCGGUGGUUCUCCAAGUUUGCCUCCUCACAUGAAAGUCCAAGUUUGUGCUAUGGGUGAUCUUCCAUGUUUCACUAAAGGAGACAACAAUUCUCAGCCCGAAGAUGAAGAGAGUACUGAUAGUAAUGAAGAAGAGGAUGAUUAUAGCAGCAACCAAAUCCAGCCUAGGAAUCCAACUACAAUCUCAUUGGAUGACUUUUAUCCGGGUAAAAAAGAUCUUCAUGGUCGACAUUUUGAGAAAGCGAAAGAACCCGAAGCUGUACUUGAUGACAGAUUAGCAAAUUUCACUGGUUUUGGGUUAUUAGAUGAGAGUGAUGAAGAUGAAGAUGAAGUAUCAGGUAGCACUGAAGCUGUGGAGAAAGAACACAGAGUAGCAACUUUCAACGGUUUUAGCUUUGAAAAGAUUGAUGAUGAUGAAGUAUCAUACAUCAAUAUGGGGAAAGAUUGUUGGAGAAGAAGCAACCUUAUCACAUCAACCACUGAAGUUGAAGUGAUAGAUCUGAUGACUCCCUCACCCAGCUGCAGAGUUGGAUCCUCUAUGAAGAGGCCAAGAGUUUCUGAGUUUAUAGAUUUGACAAGGUCUCCUAGUUUCAUAGAGUUGUAAAAUAAUAAUACUACACAAAGUUGUAAUAUUAGAUGUUUUUUUUAAA